AUGGCUGCUGGGAGACCCGGCACUAGCAGUAGCAUUGUAGACAGGUUGGGCAACAGACGAAGAUCUAUUGCGAGCAGGGACGUGGGUCGCUCAGCUAGGAUCCGUUCUACUACUGGGACAGUCUCCACGGUGGAUAGUGUUAUCGAUAGCGGUGUGGUGACAAGUACUUCAGCCACCCCCUCCAACGGGGAUCUGCUACUGCAGUAUCUCAAUAAGAAGGCCAGCACCAAUGGCAAGACAGCGCAGCAGCUUAUAGAAAAGUUGAUAUCCAAAAAGGGCGGCAUUGAGGAGCCACAAGUUGCAUCGACUGCUGCUCUACUUGUAGAACCGGAAGUAGAGGAGUCAGGAGAUCUUGUCGAGGUGGUUAACACGCAGGCCUGUGACGAUACACCCGUCAGCCAGGCCUAUGACUGUGUACAGAAGGAGUUCAAACAGACCGCCUACUCCUGCAGCAUUGAUUUUUAUCCUGAGGUUUGCACGAUCGUAAUAAAGCCCAUGCAGACAUCUUGUCCCAAAGACGUUGAACGGACGAUCACAUACCAAUGCCCCAAACUGAAGAACAAACAAAUGUGCUACAACAUUCCUAAAGCAGUACAAACUGUCUGUACUGGCACUGCUAACCAGGCCAAGGAGACAGACUGUCAGCGUGUGAGGACGGAAAAGGUAUGCAGCAUAGUGGAGGAGACGAUUCCAUGGACUUGCCUUGAAACAAAACCACUGACCCUUGACUAUACCUGUAGCAAAGUUGAGCCGACCACCGACUGCUCCCCUAAUGUGGUAGCGGUUGACGAUGAUUGCACGCGCGAGACCAAUGUUCCUGUCGUAUAUGACUACUACGACGUGGAACCUCAGACAGAGUGCCAUACUGAGCGUAAGAAGAAUAUGUGUCAGAAGAACGUGAGGUCUGUCAACCUGUACUCUUGCCCGGAAACAUACUAUGAACAAGAAUGUACCAUGGUCACUGUGCCAGUUACGAAGAUGUGCGACACUCCCGCCACUGUCACUGAAGAGUAUCCGUGCGAAAAAACCGAAACGAGAGUGUUCAAGAAAGCAUGUGGAUUUGGCCAAGGAAAGAAGUUUCUUAGGAUAUCCGAUACUGUAACCGAUAAUGGCACAGACAACGGCAAGAGCCUAUGCGACUACGAAGCGCCAGUUACCGUCUCUACUACUUGUACUCGCGAGGCUACAGUCGUGAAACAGGAGCCCUGCACGGAGACCGAGCAGCAAGAACAGUGCGAAAUGGUGGAGAAAACGCGGGAGAAGUCGUGUGAGACCCCCACGGUUCGCUCUGUCGAGACGGAAUGCGACGACUGGGUAGAAGAGGAGGUUUGUGAAGAGGUCAACAAGACUGUCACCAAAAAGGGCGUUCGGUUUGAGACAAAAACUGAAAGCUUCCCCUGCACCAGUACAUACGCCAAGGAGGUUUGCGUUGAGGUACAGAGCCUCGUUGAUAGCACCUGCUCUGCCCAACUCCGGGAGACACAAGAGGUCUCUUGCACCCGCUCAUACAAGAGGCAAGUAUGCGAAAACAACAAUGUCUCAAGCAUCGAACUCUGCGCAGAUGUCAGCGAGGAAGCAAUUGAAUAUGACUGCCAACAAAUUACGUAUGAGGAGAAAUGCAGUACUGUGCCGUAUUACGAGCUGGAGGACUGUGAGGUGACACUGGUUGAGACGGAGCUGACACCUUGCGAAGGGGACUACCAGGUGACUGAGUGCACUCCCCAGGAGAGCCCCCAAAUGGGCACUUGCUUUAACGACGAGGAGGUUGACGUUGCCUCGACCUGCUACCGGAUAGAGAGCCAGAACACUUGUCAAGAUGUUAUCACCACCAGGGUAAUAAAGGACACUCUAAGUAGGCGGUCCCGUGCCCCACAGGUACUCCCAGAUUUCACAGCUAGUUGCACGGACCAAACCAGCACGACCGCGUCAGUGAAAGCGCUCGCUGGCGUCUACGAGAGUACAGGACCACACACUAGUCCCGCAGAGCAUUCAUUCCUCAGAGACCAAUCUAUGCGUGAAAAUAAAGCUGGUGCAUGCAGUGUGGUAUGCUUCCAAUCCUUGAAAAGAAGCAUAUGGAAGGAUAUCGGGAGAGCAUAUUUCAGAGGGCCUCGUGGGAAUCUGGGUUUAGAGAACAUCGUAACGAUACGAACCUGGGAUUUUUCAGGCAAUAGCCAUACAAAAAAGUGUUUUUAG